AUCCUGAAUGGGAACGGCUUGACGGCGGGCGACGGAAUGGGGCCAUUUUGAGGACACUUUUGAGGAACAGACUGACCUCUCUGUGACCAUGUGGAGUUUUCAGCAUUGGUGCUCAUCUCUCAGGCCCAUGUGACAGAAGUGCCAUUUUGGACGGGUUCAGAGUCCAACGUACCCUUCACUGAACUACUGUGUGUCUUGAAGCACCCGAUGUCUUGUGAGCCAGCCUUCAUAAAAUGUCCAACGUACCCUUCCCUGAACAGUUUGAUGGAGAACCGGUCGGAUGACAGCAGGAACUGUUGUAAUCACUGGCGGAAUACUAGCAACAGUAAUCUUACUGUGUAUAAUCGCUGUUCUCUGUUAUUGUAGGCUACAGUAUUACUGCUGCAAGAAGGAUGAAUCUGAUGAAGAGGAAGAGGAGGAAGAGGAGGAGGAGGAGGAGCAGGAGCCUGAGCUUCCCCCACACUCCCACUAUGUCAUGUGCAAUGCUUGCAACUCUCGUAUCAUGGACGGACAGGGCAACCCCUCCUUUCCACCCCAUGAGCUUAACAAGCAGGGCAAUCGGAACUAUUGUCCAACCUGUUCCCCCUAUGGCUCUCCCUUUUACAUACGGACCGCUGACAUGGUGCGGAAUGGGGGCGAGAGGAUCACCUACACACCCACGUGCUGCAAGGAAAUGGGACUACCCAUCAAAAUGGCAACCUUCCAGAGUUACCCGGUGACCCACCACUGCAUCAUACGCGAGACCUUUCCAAACCCGAGGGCUUUUAGUACAGAAGUAUGAUCACUGUCUAUCACUAUCACAGGGUGCUUCAGGGUAUCCCCUUUGGGUGGUGGGGAUUUUAAUUCUGUAGGUUUGCUAUGGAAAUCUUUUUGACAAAAAAUGGAACAUAUGUCCAAGACCUACCAUUAUUCCUGAUCAUUGCAACAAGGCUUUCACUCAGAGGAAAAGAAGUAAUGUUGUGUUGUAACCACGGGGGUCGAACGUGGUCAUUUUUGAACCUGCAGCCAAGGUUGUUGUAUCCAAUGAGACAGUCUUGUCUAUGGAGGGCUAUGUACAAUACAAACUAACUUGCAUUUAAAAACCUUGCAGUUCCACCUCCCACAAGCAUCUUUGGUAUCUACACUCAGCAAGCCCUGUGUGUCUCACUUUCCAAAGCAAUGCUCACUGGCGUCCCUUGACAGAUAAUGUGAGCACAUACACUAAGUUAGUCAACACAAUGGUUCUUAGGAAAUGUCAUCCCCACCAACGAAAGUGGUGUUAGAGGGAAGGAUGAUAGUCACUUUACAUGGUCCUGAUCAUGGGAAGUGUAGUGGGAGGCAACUGAGGGUCGGGGUGGCCUGAUUUUCCCUGUAAUAUAUCUGUUACAAACUGAAUAUUAUCUGUACUAGAAUGUAAAAUAAGGUAACCAGUUUCUGCUUUUUUUUCUCCCACAAGCACAUAUAUGUCCAAAAGAUAAAGGAGAGAAGAGAGAGAAAUGGGGAGAUGAGGAACCCUUUCUGGAUUUUGAUGGUUCUUCUAUAGGAAAAAGACCCACUGUUCUCCCAAAUUCACCCCAAUUUCUUAUUACUCACAGCCUUUCUUAAGUACAUAGAAUUCUGAUGCUUAAAUGCUACACAACAAUGGAAGAGCUAAGGCUUUGUUAGGACUCUCCAUCACCUCACUCCCUGUCCCCUGGUGUUCAGAGCCCUUGUAUGGCAUUGACUGCUGAUAUAUGUUCUAGUAAAAUAGCAUAAGGUAUUAUUUUUAUAACCGUGUCCUGAUAUGGAAUAUGUAGGAGGGCUAUAAUCCACAUUUACAAGUGUGAAGAAGAAGGGCCAGACCUGAAGUAAGUCUGAAAGCCAGUCCCACAUUUGAAUGUUUAAUGACAUGUUAGAACAAGAUAAUAGUGUGCACCUUUUAAAGAAGAACUCUUUGGAUCCACAGCAGAAAAUGUACUAUACUGCUUCAUGAAUUUAUUGGUUGGUAACUUCUGCAGUGUCACCCUUUGCUAUUGUUCAUGUGUUUGAAUGAGUAAUCGUUUGAUCCUCUAAGGAGCGUGGCCAGAGGUUCUCUAGCACCACUUUGGCACAGAGGGUUUCUUGCUUUGCCAAAUUGUCCAGCCAACGUUGGACAAGUGUUUAAUAAGCACAAUGGUCCCCUGCUUUAUGGAGCUCUUGAAUAUGGAUUGGGACCCAGUCCUAAUGCCUAAGGACACAUCCUUCUAUACAAAUGGGACAUUUAUAGAAAAUUUGUAUUUUAUACAAACAGUCACAAUCCCUUAAAAAUCAAGUAUGGCCAUGCUCCAUGAGAAUCAGAGAACAAUCAAUUGUGUGCAGUGUACGAAGUUGGCCUUCCCCUGGGUUGCACCUCUUUUGCCUCAUACAUAAUGCCACUGGAACUGAUAACUGAACUGUACAGGCGUGUGCGUGUUCUGACUCUAACACUGCAGAUUAUAGAUGAGGGGCCGCAUGACUUAAGCAGUAUUGACCUGGUGAUCUGACUUGCUUCCAGUCUCCAUAAUCAGAAGAGCCUGUUAAAAGUUGUUUCCCAUGUAAAAAAAUAAUUUGUGCCCACGGCAAACAGAUUCAGACAGUCCUUCACUUGCUCUCUGAUGCGUAAAACUUUUAAACCUGAUGAGCAUUUUCCAGGCAUGUGAGAAUUCUCUCAGCAGUACAAAAAAAAAUCAUCUAAAGACACUAUAUGACAUAAAAGACCUUUCGCACUUUUAUUUUCAAAUAUACAAGAUAUUAUUGAGUUCUUUUAUUUUCAAAUAUACAAGAUACUGAUUCUACAGACUAACACAGCUACAUCUUUAAUUCCGCCACAACAUAUUGACUUGUUCAGCAAAGCACAAAAAAUGGUCAGUAUCUUGGACCAUGGUCAGUGAGUACCAGG